CAUAGGAGGCGGGGAGACAAAAACACGCAGCGAGACUGAAAAUGAUCCCGUGAAGAUGCCCAAGUAAAGUUUGAGGCUCUGCAGAAACAACAUGUGAGUGCUGCAGAGCCUCGGUGACGUGUGCACCGCUCACAUGUGCCACUGUUUAGGGUUUUAUGGAGUAAAGUUAGCAGGAAGUGGGAGUGAGUGAGUUCACGGUGCUUCUGCUGAUGUCACGAGGAGGGCUGAACGGUUUUAUAAAGCUGCAGGAACAUGCAGCGGAGGAAACAGAUCUGCAGAGGAGUGUCUUCUCUUCACGGGACCUUUAUUAUCCCCGAGGAUUCAUAGCAGAGGAGAACCCAGGACCCCUCAUACAGGAUGAGUUUCCUGCAGCAGUGGAUCCUCGCUCUCUUCCUGCUCUGCUCGCCGGGCCACGGCCGCCCCAUCGACGCCGUCAGCAGCAGAAUAAAGCGCUCGGUGUCCCACGCUCAGCUGAUGCACGAUAAGGGCCGGACGCUGCAGGACUUCAAGAGGAGGAUGUGGCUGCAGGAGCUGCUGGACGAGGUCCACACUGCCGAGACCAGAGACCUGCCCCCCCGCCCUCCCCCAUCUGGAGUAGGGGGAAUCAGCCUCGAGGGGGGGGUGAGCACCACGGGCAGCACCAUGCACUCUAAACCCCCGGGGGGGACCAAGAACCUCCCCCUCAGCUUCAGGGAGGAAGAGGAGAACCUCCCGCAGGAGACCAACAAGUCGCUGCGAGCGCAGGGGAAGAAGAAGAAGAAAGGGAGGGGGGGCCGGAGGAGGGGAGGGGGGGAGGGCGAGAAGAGGAAGAGGAGGGAACGCUCGCUGGGGGGGGAGGGGGGGGAGGAGGGAGCAAGAUGGAGGCAGUGGAGGGCUGGAGUGGAGGACGCUGCUCGGCCUCCAGAGGAAGUGAAACGCUGUCAGACUGACUAAGAAACCUGCGGACACUCGACUCCUAAAUUCUCACGUUGCAGUUUUUUCCUGUGAAAGUGAUUAUUUGGAAAGAAAUUGGAAAUAUUUAUUGUGUGUAAAUAUUCUAAAUAUAGCAGAAUAGAUAGCAGAAUAUGAUCAUUAAAAAUAUUUGAUGCUCUGUGAGGCAACAGAUUUUACUCUUUGUGAAUCCUUUGCUUUUUAUUCUUUUUUUAUUCCAAUAAUGUUGGUAAUUUAUUUCGUCUGAAUGGUGUAUUUAUUUUUGUAAAUGUAUCGAGGUGCUGCUGACCUUCUAUAUUUUUGUACCAUAAUGCACUUUAGAUAUAUAAAUAUAAAUAUAUAUACCAUUAAUUUUGUGCGUUUGUUGUUUGAAUGAAAUGAAGAAAAAACGACGGUCGUCUUUCUGUGUUCUUGUUCACUUUUUUUAUUUCUCGCUGCUGAUUUUUCUGAUGUUUUCUGAUGGAAAAUGUUGAUUUAUUUUAUUUUGUGUUUGAGUCCCGCUGCCUCUGUUUCCUCCACAUGCUCUGCUUCUCAAAUUCUCCUGUACAUAAACCAAACAGCUAGAUAUUUGUUGUUUUUGGCACUUGCACUGAGAUAAACACCCUGUACUGAACGGAUUAAACAUUUGACACAAUC